AUGGGCUAUCCCGAGUCGUCGCAGCGAAGCUCUCUGGAUGACUUUGAUGAAUUCGUGGGGACUUCACUGGAGCGAUCUGCAAGGAGGGGGACAUAUGGACACCACCCAUUUCCCAGUCUUUACCUCCCCCCAGCGCAGGAAUACGGCGACGUAUAUCCUUCGCUCCCCGAGUCGAGGGACCAAGUGCACGACCUUUCUGGUCGCCUCGUUCAUAGACGACCGUCUGUCUUCGACUUCGAGCCUGAGACAUACAGAAGCCAGCUAGGAGACGACGAAACGCAACCACCAGUCGGGGAAGACAUAUAUCUUUCGCCACUCUCUGAGCCGGUGACGCAGCCAGUGACAUCAAGGAAUUCACUUUUCCCUGAAUGUCUUCCAUCCGAAGGGCCGAUGGAUGUCGAAAACCGCCCUCACUUGGCCAUGACAGGUCUACCUCAUCCAGAUAUUUUUGCACUCGGACCCCCGGGCGCUUCCGUCCGCCGGAGAAACACAUCGCCCCCGCUGCACACCAUGGACACAGAGACCAGCGUGACAUAUCUGCCCCAUCCGUCUCUACCGAGUCCCGAGCGUGAUCUCAGCAUCCCAUCCCGAGGUAGCCGCUUGUCGAGAGAAAGAUCAAUGUCGACCCCCGUCUCACACCGUCCCAAGAAAAAGUCGAAGAUGCACGAGUGCGAGAUUUGCCACAAACUCUUCCCAAGGCCAAGUGGGCUGCAGACACAUAUGAACACUCACACUGACUCUAAACCGUUUCCGUGUACCGUCCAGGGAUGUAACAAGCGUUUUGCUGUUCGUUCCAAUGCCAAGCGUCAUCUACGUACACAUGGCAUCAUCCCAUCCCCUCCCACGAAUGACCCAGAGCCUACGCCAUAUAUUGUCGAUUUCAACGAUCCGGUAGUCUUGCCGCCGUCGUAUUCGCCGCAAUCGCAAUCGCUGAAAGGCCCCACCAAACUGCACUGGGUGCCACCCAGCCUCGCCACUCGAACAAACGUCAAAUCCCUCAGGACUUGUUCCGAAGUCGAUUCGGAGUCAGAUGACGGUGGCGAGUGCUUCGACCGUCAGAAUGGGGUGGGAUCGUUCGCCCCUGCUUUACCCAUGCCUCUGCGAACGGUUGUGCCGACGAUGCCUGUUGGCCCUCACGACGAGUUCUUUGAGGAGCGAGAUUCAUAUUUGCCUGCCGGCUCACAUCCCUAUCAUCCGACACAGGUGCGUCCCCCAGCGGAUACAGCAGAGGAACCCUCGCUUAGUAGUCUUCGUUGUCCACCGUCUGCAGUUUAG